AUGGAAGCGACGAUGUCUCGCGUGCUUCUCCUCUUUGCGCUCCUCCUCGCCGGGCAACGCGGCUGCACGGCGUCCGGUGCCGGUGGGUUCAGCAUGGAGUUCAUCCACCGUGACUCCGCCAGGUCGCCGUUCCACGACCCGGCGCUCUCCUCGCACGGCCGCAUGCUCGCGGCCGCGCGCCGCUCUCUCCAGGCCGGGGCGCACUAUUCCCGCGGCGCGCCGCCCCCCGCCGCACCCGCGCCCGGCGACGGCGCCAUGACCGAGGUCAUCUCUAGGUCGUUCGAGUACCUGAUGGCCGUGAACGUCGGCACGCCUCCGAGGCAGAUGCUCGCCAUUGCCGACACCGGCAGCGACCUCGUGUGGUUCAACUGCAGGAAAGGCAGCGGCGACGGCGACCUCCACACGCCCUCCUCGGACGGCCCCGCGCCGCCGUUAGCUGCCGUGUUCACCCCAUCCAGCUCGUCAACGUACGGCCUCGUGAGCUGCCAGUCCAAUGCGUGCCAGGCGCUCAGCGAGGCCUCAUGCGACGCUGUCUCCAACUGCCAGUACCAGUAUUCGUACGGUGAUGGCUCCCGGACGAUCGGGCUCCUCUCCACCGAGACCUUCAGUUUCGGCGACGGCCGCGCCGCGCGCCGGGUGCGCGUGUCCAACGUCUACUUCGGCUGCUCCACGUACUCCGCCGGCACGUUCCACUCCGACGGGCUCGUGGGGCUCGGCGGCGGGGCUUUCUCUCUCGUGACGCAGCUCGGAGCCGCGACGUCGUUCGGGAGCAAGUUCUCCUACUGCCUGGUCCCGUUCUACUCCGCCAACUCGUCGUCCACCCUCAACUUCGGCGCCAGGGCAGUCGUGUCGGAGCCUGGCGCGGCGACCACGCCGCUGGUGCGCUCGGACGUGGACUCGUACUACACCGUGGCUCUCGAGUCCGUCGCGGUCGGCGGGUGGACGGUCGCGUCCAACCGCUCUCGGAUCGUCGUGGACUCUGGCACGACGCUCACGUUCCUGGACCCGGCGCUUCUGCGUCCGUUGGUGAGCGAGCUGGAGCGGCGGAUCACCCUGCCGCGGGCGCAGUCGCCGGAGCAGCUGCUGGAGCUGUGCUAUGACGUUGGGGGGAAGCCCCAGGGGGAGUGGGGGAUCCCGGACGUGACGCUGCGGUUCGGCGGCGGCGGGACGGUGACGCUGCGGGCGGAGAACACGUUCGCGGUGGUGCAGGAGGGGACGUUGUGCCUGGUGGUGGUGCCCGUGUCGGAGGGGCAGCCGGUGUCCAUCCUCGGGAACGUCGCGCAGCAGAACUUCCACGUCGGGUACGACCUCGACGCGCGCAGCGUCACCUUCGCGGCCGCCGACUGCACCCGCUCAUCGGCCUCCUAA